AUGGACCAGUACCCUGCGGUUGGGCCUCGUGUACCAAAAGAUGAGUUUAUGCGCGCCUUAGGCCUCGAUCAUCAGAACCCAACUCACGAGAACUACUAUCGACAAAUGAGGGAGGUGGCCAUUGCUGUAUACAACCGAAUGAAUCAGGACAGGUCGAACUUGAUAGACGAAAAACGCGGCGAUCCAGACUGCCGGCCACCAUUCUUUUGGCAUCAUAUUCGUAACGAACGACGCCGUUGCGGCAUUCUCGAUACAUGGCAACAAGCGCCUGCCGGAUCCAUGGCCCGAACUUUGUUCGAUCGAGGUCAGACCAACGGCGAGCACGCACCGAACUGGGUAACAUUAUGGCUGCUAUACAGCGUCUUUCGAUCUCGAGACUUCCGCAAUAAUCGCAAUCGACGCAAUGGAGACGACCGAGGCGAAGGCGGAACUGGACGACCAGGCCCUAGCAAUGGUGGUAACAGCGAUACAAAAUACUAUGACCCAGCCCGGAAUGCUCACUUGGUACGAUAA